UAAAGAAAAUAUCUGAACCUAACUUGUUCUCAAAGCCAACGCCAUCUAUCUAAGCUUCUCUGUCUCCGAGAAUCAGAUCAACCUGAAACAUGGGUCAAGGAACUCCGGGCGGUCUUAACCGGCAAGGUUUACCGGGUGAUCGAAAACCCGAUGGAUCUGACAAGAAGGAGAAGAAAUUCGAGCCGGCGGCGCCACCAGCUCGAGUGGGUCGCAAACAGCGCAAACAGAAAGGCCCAGAUGCCGCCUCUCGACUCCCAGGCGUUACGCCACACACAAAGUGCCGGCUCCGACUCCUGAAGCUCGAGCGUGUCAAAGACUAUCUGUUAAUGGAGGAAGAGUUCGUCAGCAACCAAGAAAGACUCAAACCCCAAGAGGAGAAAGCCGAGGAGGACAGAUCCAAAGUCGACGAUCUCAGAGGCUCGCCCAUGAGUGUUGGAAAUCUGGAAGAACUCAUCGAUGAGAAUCACGCGAUUGUUUCCUCGUCGGUGGGGCCGGAAUACUAUGUGGGGAUUCUGUCUUUUGUGGAUAAGGAUCAGCUGGAGCCUGGUUGUGCGAUUUUGAUGCAUAACAAGGUGCUUUCUGUGGUGGGUUUGUUGCAAGAUGAGGUUGAUCCUAUGGUGUCUGUGAUGAAAGUUGAGAAAGCUCCGUUGGAAUCGUAUGCGGAUAUUGGUGGCUUGGAUGCACAGAUUCAGGAGAUCAAGGAGGCUGUGGAAUUGCCAUUAACACAUCCUGAGUUGUAUGAAGAUAUUGGGAUUAAGCCUCCUAAGGGUGUUAUUUUGUAUGGUGAGCCUGGAACUGGGAAGACUUUGCUUGCUAAGGCAGUAGCAAACUCAACAUCAGCAACUUUCUUACGUGUUGUUGGUAGUGAAUUGAUUCAAAAAUACUUGGGCGAUGGUCCAAAAUUAGUGAGGGAACUCUUCAGAGUAGCUGAUGAUCUGUCACCUUCAAUUGUCUUCAUUGAUGAAAUUGAUGCAAUUGGUACAAAGAGGUAUGACGCCCACUCAGGUGGUGAACGUGAAAUUCAAAGGACUAUGUUGGAAUUGCUGAAUCAGUUGGAUGGUUUUGAUUCAAGAGGAGAUGUCAAAGUGAUUCUUGCAACCAACAGGAUUGAAAGUCUUGACCCAGCUUUGCUUCGGCCUGGCCGAAUAGAUAGAAAGAUUGAGUUUCCUCUUCCUGAUAUCAAGACAAGGAGGCGUAUUUUUCAGAUACACACAUCAAGGAUGACAUUGGCUGAUGAUGUCAACUUAGAAGAAUUUGUCAUGACUAAGGAUGAGUUCUCUGGAGCUGAUAUUAAGGCAAUAUGUACUGAAGCUGGCUUGCUUGCUUUAAGAGAACGCCGAAUGAAGGUAACACAUCCUGAUUUCAAGAAGGCAAAGGAGAAAGUAAUGUUCAAGAAGAAAGAAGGGGUGCCAGAAGGACUCUACAUGUGAAAAAUGAUAAUUCUGCAUGUGAAAACUGCACUGUAUUAUGUUUGUAUUUUGGAUUUAAAAUCUAUUUUUAUUUAUAAUCUACGCUUUGGGUUUUAGAUAUAUAUUUUUAUUCAUAUGAUCAUCCGUUCUGGAAAGAUCAUAGACACUUAUCUUAUCA